CAUGUGUUUAGAGUGUAAUUACUCUGUCUUUUUCUCUUUGUCCUGCUGAAGUGAAUCCGUGAAGGAAUAUGGCGUCUAUUAAGGAGCUGCUCUUGAACACACUUGAGGAACUAGUACAAGAUGAACUGAAGCUGUUUCAGUGGCACUUAACGAAUAAUCAUGAGUGUAUUUCAAAGUCUCAAAUGGAGAACGCAGAUCGCUUAAAAACAGUGGACAAGAUGGUGGCGUGUUUAGGACCAGAAGAAGCCGUGAAAGUCACGGUGGACAUCCUGAGGAAGAUUAACCAGAAUGAUCUGGCUGAAAAGCUAGAGAACAACCACAAGAAAGUGUCUCCGUGUGACAUUAAACAGCGCCCUGAGAGAAACAACAGUGACACACACACCACCGGGAAACAUCUGGAGAGAGGCGAGCCGCAUCUGAAUACCGCUGUUCCCAAGACCAGGAGCGAGUUCCUUCAAUAUUCCCAUCCGCUCACUCUGGAUAUGAACACAGUGCAUACACUCCUCCAUCUGUCCGAGGACAAAAGAGUGAUUACUGGCAGAUUCCCAGAGGAGUCGUAUAUUGAUCAUCCAGAGAGAUUUGAUCAUUAUCCUCAGGUGUUGUGUAGAGAGAGUGUGAGUGGACGCUCUUACUGGGAGAUCGAGUGGAGUGGGAGUGUUGUUGUGCAGAUAGCAGUGUCAUAUCAGGGCAUCAGCAGGAAGGGAUCGGGUAAUGAGUGUGUGUUUGGAUCUAAUGAUCAGUCCUGGACUUUGGUCUGCUCUUCCCGCAAUACCGUAUUCCUAUACAAUACCAAAGAGACUCAUCUCCCUGUAGUGUGCAGCGGUAGAGUAGGAGUGUAUGUGGAUCACAGUGCAGGAACUCUGUCCUUCUACAGGGUCGACAGAGACACAAUGAGCCUCAUCCACAAAGCCCAGACCACAUUCACUCAGCCGCUCUAUCCUGGGUUUGGGGUCGCUCUUGGAACAGUGAAACUGUUGAAGAAUUAGAAUAGACUGUAGAGAGAUUCUACCCAUAAUGCUUUGAGCUGUAUGAUAAAUCAUAAACACUGAGAUGUUAUAGAGUCUCUUAUUGUCUCUUCAUUACAUUAAUAACAGCUGAACUUCUGUCUCUGAAAUAUUUUAGAAUAAAUGUGUGUAAUAAAUCCUCAUAAAGACAUCA